UGGAAACAAAUGAAAAAAAUGUUUUUGAGAUUAAACCUUUGCUGAGUAUUGAUGAAAUGUUAAAUUGGAAACCUAACCCUAUCUUCAAACCUUCACAGAGUAAUGUUCGGAGGUCCUCGAAAUAUCUGAGUGGAGCGGAUUGGUCUAAGCACAGGAGCUGGGAUUGGUUGGUCUCCAACCAACUAAAAUCAGAAUCUAUAAACAAACCCAGAACCUUGGUUUGCCAUGAUAUGAUGGGAGGAUACAUUGAGGACCGGUUUAUUCAGCCUGUUAACAAGGAUAGCUACAGUUUUCUACACUGGAGUGGUGUAGAUAUAUUUGUCUACUUUUCCCACAAUUUCAUCACUAUACCCCCGCCUGGCUGGAUUAGGGCUGCACAGUUGCAUGGUGUUGCAGUGCUGGGAACUAUAAUAACAGAAUGGGACGAAGGGAAGCAAAUUUUGGAAACGAUAAUCUCUGAUCCUGUACUCCUUGAUGUGUUUGUUGAUAAAUGUGGAGAUAUUGCAGAACAUCAUGGAUUUCAGGGUUGGUUGCUUAAUAUAGAAAAUGAGGUUAAUAUCUCACUAGUUCCUAACCUAAUUCUUCUAGUGGGUAAGCUGAGAGCUCGGAUGAAGAUGAUUACAGAUGACUGCCUCGUUAUCUGGUAUGACAGUGUUACUAUUCAGGGUGAGUUGAAGUGGCAGGAUGAAUUAAACUCUCUAAAUAAACCAUUCUUUGAUGAAUGUGAUGGUAUAUUUUUAAACUACUGCUGGAAACUACCAGAGAACUCGGACCCACCAAAGGAUAGUUUAAAUAACUGUCUGGAAACCCUGGGAUCUCAGCUAGAUCGUCGGACGGAUAUUUUCGUCGGUGUGGACGUUUUCGGCCGAGGGUGUUUUGGAGGCGGGGGAUUUAACUGCUCUGCGGCACUCUCCAAAAUAAGAGAGAGAAAUCUGUCUUGUGCCAUUUUUGCCCCUGGUUGGACUUACGAGCUGCCCCACAGGGAGAACAGGGUAGAGAUAGAGUUCAUGGACCGGGAGAACCUUUUCUGGGAGAACCUGGAGCCCUUUCUUAACUUUCAGGCUGUAAACCUGGAUCUAGACAGAAUGAGGAGGGAGGAGGAGGAGGUGGGAGCAGGCUUGAACCUGGAUCUAGACAGAAUGAGGAGGGAUGAGGAGGUGGGAGCAGGCUUGAACCUGGAUCUAGACAGAAUGAGGAGGAAGGAGGAGGUGGGAGCAGGUUUGAACCUGGAUCUAGACAGAAUGAGGAGGAAGGAGGAGGUGGGAGCAGGCUUGAACCUGGAUCUAGACAGAAUGAGGAGGGAGGAGGAGGUGGGAGCAGGCUUGAACAGAGAGAAGAUGAGAUUAGUAUUCAGAUCUUGUUUCUCCAGUGGCCGCGGGAACCAGUGGUUCCACCUCCUCUCCCUGCAACCACAGCCUAGUCUAAUUUCAACCAAUAUUCAGAAUUCCGCAAAAAAUAGUUCUAAUACUGAUUCCUCCCUCCUCUCUUCCACAACUUCUACUCCCUCCCCCAUCUCCCCCCUCCCUCCUGUAUUCUGUUGCUAUACUACCCACACAAAGACUUUUGUUGGACACAGAAGUUUAUAUAUAGAGGCUUCAGAACCAGGAUUGGUCGUUCCGGUUUUCUUAUUCGACCUUAAUCCUCAAGGGAUAACCCUGACCUUUCUCCUGGUACUCUCUAGAGUAGAGGAGAAGGUUGGAGGAGUUGAUCUAGUUCUUGGUUUGGAUACAGGUUCCCCUCUUAUUGUUCCUCAGCUUGAUGAUGCUACAGUUCAAGAGCUAGAUGUAGAACUACCUCAGAUCAAUGCAGACUGGAAGCUUGCAGGAUAUCGGCUUGAAAACUGCCUGGCAAGUAUUGAGAAGCUAGGCCUGAGACCCUGUAGUACUACCCCGUUAUAUUUAGGCCAGAUCAGUAUCUUCUCUAGUAAAAGUUAACUGCCUGAAAAACUGCAAGCUUUGUUUCUUUUAUUCUUUAGUUAGCUUGGAAUAUAUUGAAGGAAAACAUCAUCAAAUUAAAGGGAGAACUCACGCUUUUUCUUCAGAGCUCAUGUUUUCAAAAUUAGAUUGCACUUUUUAUGUUUUCCCUCAUUUUUUGAUAUAUGUGUGAUAUUGUGAGAUAUGCUUUAAGAAAAUAAAUAUUUGAGUUUAAUUGUAAGAUAAAAAAUAGUUUUUGUUUCAAGCCAUGCUUCGUUAAUUAAUAUUUAC